AUGACCGCUGAAAAUACCACUGUAUUGGAACCCGUAGUAGGAAAAGAUGAAAUUGGUUGGAUGUUUGUUCAAGAAUACUAUACUUAUCUGAAUAAGGAACCCCAUCGUCUUCAUUGCUUUUAUACCAAGAAGUCGACAUUGGUUCAUGGUGAAGAGGGAGAAGCCAUUAAUCUUUGUCAUGGACAACAGGAGAUUCACAACAAGAUUUUGGAUUUAGACUUUCAAAACUGUAAGGUCCUUAUCUCCAAUGUUGACAGCUUAGCUUCUUGCAAUGGAGGUAUCGUCAUCCAGGUUUUGGGAGAAAUGUCCAACAAGGGAAAACUCUCCAGAAAAUUUGCCCAAACCUUCUUUUUGGCAGAACAGCCCAAUGGCUACUUUGUUUUAAAUGAUAUUUUCCGUUUUUUGCGUGAAGACGUUGAAGAUGAAGACGUUGAGGAAACUGAAGCUCCUGAGGUCUCUCACAUGAACAGCAACAAUGCUCCUUCUUUUACACCUCAAGAAUCAAAAGAUGAAUCAUUGCCUUCCGAACCAUAUAAAUCCGAAACUGAGAAUCCUCAAGUUCCUUUGGCUGCUGUUUCGACCGCCUCUCCCGAACCUGCUAAUGUAGAAGUUCCUCAACAACCUAACCCCGAACCUUUGCCUUCAGUAGCCUCCCCUUCUCCAACCCAGGCUGCCCCUGUUUUCAAUAAAUCCGAAGCUGAAGCUGCUCCCAAACAACUUAGUCCUGCUGCACCAUCUGCUACCGCCAGGGCUCCAAAAACAUGGGCAAAUUUGAUUGCUCGUAAUGCUCCCGAGUCCAAAUCUCAAACUGCUGUAGCCGAUAGUAUACCUUCUCCUCAGCGACAAACUUCGACUAUUAAGCCCGCGAAUGUGCCGACUACUCAACAACCCCAGAAUGAGAAACAGUUGGAAACCUCCGUUUUCGUCAAGAAUAUCCCAGAUGAUGUUGCCGAGGACAGUCUGAAACAAGUACUUGGCAUUUUCGGUUCCGUCAAGAGUGUUGAAUAUGCCCGUCGUAAGGGCACAGCUUACGUUGAUUUUAACGACCAUGCUUGUGUUCAGGCAGCAUUGACUAAGGGUUCCGUGGAGACUGAAAAUGGCACCUUAAGCAUUGAAGAGAGACGCCGCGUGGUACCCAACAGACUAGGUAAAUCCAACGAUCGUCGGGGUGGUGAUAGCUACAAUGGUGGAGCUAGACGCCAAUUCCGCAACCGCCCUGGUAGAGGUGGCUAUGAUGGUCCUUCAAAAGAAAACAACGCUACCAAAAAACAAAAUAUUUAA